AUGGCCGAACGUUAUAUCCCAGAGCACCGCCGGACGCAGUUCAAGGCGAGAAAUCAGUUCCGCCCCGAUGAGCUCCGCCGCCGCCGUGAAGAACAACAGGUCGAGAUCCGGAAGCAGAAGCGUGAGGAGAACAUGGCCAAGCGACGUGGUGUCCAAACUAGUGAUGGAGGUAUCGGUGUUGGUGGUGCUGGCAUGGCUGCCGCCACUGAGAGUGAUGAUGAGGCUAGUGCUAUCGAGAGCGAGCUCAACGUCGAGCUUCCCCAGAUGGUGAAGGGUGUCUUCUCCGACCAAGUUGAGGAGCAAAUCCAGGCCACCACUAAAUUCCGCAAAUUGCUGUCCAAGGAGCGCAACCCUCCUAUCGAGCGUGUCAUUGAGACCGGCGUCGUCAGCCGCUUCGUUGAGUUCCUUCGCUCUCCUCACACCCUGGUCCAGUUCGAGUCCGCUUGGGCCUUGACCAACAUUGCCUCCGGUUCCGCCCAACAAACUCAGGUUGUCAUCGAGGCUGGUGCUGUCCCUAUCUUCGUUGAGCUGCUUAGCUCCCCCGAGCCCGAUGUCCGCGAGCAGGCUGUGUGGGCCCUUGGUAACAUUGCUGGUGACAGCCCUCACUGCCGUGACUUCGUUCUCGGUGCUGGUGCCCUGCGCCCCCUGCUCAACCUCAUCAACGAUGGCCGCAAGCUGAGCAUGCUUCGCAACGCUACUUGGACUCUUAGCAACUUCUGCCGUGGCAAGACCCCUCAGCCCGACUGGAACACUAUCGCCCCCGCUCUGCCCGUCCUUGCCAAGCUCAUCUACAUGCUGGACGACGAGGUCCUGAUUGAUGCCUGCUGGGCCAUCUCCUACCUUUCUGAUGGCGCUAACGAUAAGAUUCAAGCCGUCAUCGAGGCCGGCAUCCCUCGCCGACUGGUGGAGCUCCUCAUGCACGCCUCCACCUCCGUUCAAACUCCCGCCCUCCGUUCCGUGGGCAACAUUGUCACCGGUGACGAUGUCCAGACCCAGGUCAUCAUCAACUGCGGUUCUCUCCCCGCCCUGCUCUCGCUCCUGAGCUCCACUAAGGAUGGCAUCCGCAAGGAGGCUUGCUGGACUAUUUCCAACGUCACUGCUGGCAACUCUAGCCAAAUCCAGGCCGUCAUUGACGCUGGUAUUAUUGCCCCUCUGAUCAACCUGCUUGCCAACGGCGAUUUCAAGACCCGCAAGGAGGCUUGCUGGGCUAUCUCCAACGCCACCUCCGGUGGUCUGCAGAAGCCCGAUCAAAUUCGCUACCUUGUCUCCCAAGGCUGCAUCAAGCCCCUCUGUGAUCUCCUCGCUUGCCCCGACAACAAGAUUAUUCAGGUUGCUCUUGACGGUCUUGAGAAUAUUCUGAAGGUCGGUGAUAUGGAUAAGGAGGCUGGCGAGGGUGAGGCCCGCGUCAACCGCUAUGCCCUCUUCAUCGAGGAGGCUGGUGGUAUGGAGAAGAUCCACGAUUGCCAGAACAACGCCAACGAGGAGAUUUACAUGAAGGCGUACAACAUCAUCGAGAAGUACUUCUCUGAUGAGGAUGAAGGUGCUGGCGAUAUCGAUGAGCUUGCUCCCCAGCAAACCUCUACCGGAUUCGCUCUCGGCGCCGGUCAGCAGCAGCCUGGCGGAUUCAACUUCGCUAACGGCGGUGAUUCCAUGGAUAUGUAA